UGUGAACCUGGGUACUAUGGCAAGGCCUGCCAUCUCAUCUGCCAGUGUCUCAACGGAGCCACCUGCCAUCAUCAGACUGGAGACUGCAUCUGUUCUCUGGGAUACUCUGGAGCCUUCUGUGGCGAGCGGUGUCCCAGUGGUAGUCAUGGACAACAGUGUGAUCAGAGCUGUUCCUGUCAGAACGGAGGAUCCUGUCAUCACGUCAGUGGAGAGUGUUCCUGUCCCGCUGGAUGGAUGGGCUCAGUGUGUGCCCAGCCGUGCCAAGUGGGCAAGUAUGGCAUCAACUGCAGCAAGGACUGCUCCUGCCUUAACGGUGGACUGUGUGACCAUGUCACUGGUCAGUGCCAGUGUACCCCAGGUUACAGUGGACGGAGAUGCCAGGAGGAGUGUCCGGUGGGCUGGUACGGUCCUCAGUGCAGCCUGCGUUGUGACUGUCAGAACGGUGCUAAGUGUUACCAUAUCAACGGGGCGUGUCUCUGUGACACAGGCUUUAAAGGGCCUCACUGUCAGGAGAGGUUCUGUCCCCCAGGCCUGUACGGACUCAUCUGUGACAAGUACUGUCCCUGUAACGCCUCCAACACCGUCAG